GGGAGGACACCUGAGCUUUACAGCGGGCCGGGACUGCGAGCUUGGACACUCCCUCGUUGGCAGCCUGGACUUGUCAAGCGUUAGGCCCCAGGGGAAAGGCUGCUGCAGCCGGCGUGAAGGAGAGCCCCGGGCAGGGUUGACUUCUGCAUUGGAGCCUUGUUUGUGUUUCACUUAAGUUGAAAUAUUAGAAGCUAUGGCAAAAGAAUGCCUAAAGAACUGCUGCAAAGGGUGUUUCUAUGUGGAGAAGGAAAAGAAUGACUUUUCCAUGGAGAAGGAAUCUGAAGAUGCAGCCAAAAACAGGCAAAGCAUUGUGGAGAAACCUCCAUUGUCUUCUGUGUCAGUGAAGCGUCAAGUUGGCUGUUCCGAGGAUUAUCUCCUUGCGAAACUGCCAUCGGAUGGCAGGGAGGUCCCAUUUGUGCUCCCUCAGCUUAAACUAGCUUAUAUACAACCCAAGAAUCUUGGCAGUUCGUUGCACGUUGGGGGAAUUCAAGGAUCUGCCAGAGCCUUUGUUGGUGACAGGAAAGCAGAACUUUCCAAUAUAUACCAGCAAGGACCCCAUGGUGAUGUGGCCUAUAAUCCAUUCUAUAGGCAGCAGCAUAUUUCACCGGAUCUGACUAGGCGCUUCCCAGAAAAAUCAGAUGUGAGAUUAUAUGGAUCAGUUUGUGAUUUAAGGAGUAGCACACUUCCUGGAUCACCUGGUUUAAGCCAUUCCCUUUUUGAUCUCACAAAUCCACCCCAUCGUGUCAUCCAGAGAUAUGAUUCAGCUUCCAGUGUACCCAGUAGUACCUCCUCGAAAAAGGAUUCGCAAGGCAGUAACAGGAGCCUGGAUACCAUUACGUUAUCGGGUGACGAACAAGACUUUGGAAGAAUGAAUGUGAAACUGUGUUAUGUUCCUUCUGCAGAACAGAUCUGGAUCACAAUCUUGCAUUGCAAAGAUCUGAGCUGGCCUUCUAGUUGUGGAGAAAAUCCUUAUAUUUCUGUCAAAGGAAUUCUGAUGCUGCCUAAGCCAGUGCAGUUCAAAUCUUCAGCCAAAGAAGGUUCCAAUGACGUACAAUUCAUGGAAACCUUUGUGUUUACUGUCAAAUUGCAAAUUCUGCAGACCGUAAGACUAGUGUUUAAAAUCCAAACUCAGACUCCCCGGAAGAAAACAAUUGGAGAGUGUGCCCUGCCACUACGAGAGCUCAAUUCACAGGAAUCAGAUCAUUGGUUGGAUAUAAUGCCUCCUUCCAAAGUUUCAGUAUGCAAUGCAGAACUUCACAUAGGAACCUGUUUUCAAGCAAUAAACAACAGGAUUCAGUUACAGAUUCUUGAAGCCCAAAGCCUCCCAAGCUCAACCACACCCCUUUCUUUAAAUUUCAUUGUGACGGUUUCAAUGUUUAGUACAGAAGGGUUGAUUUAUAAGAAAAAGACUCGUCUAUUGAAACCCACCAAUGGACGAGUGAAGUGGGGAGAAACUAUGACUUUUCCAGUUAGCUCGAAUGAACAAGGAAUUAAUUUUCUCAUCAAACUCUACAGCAGGACCUCAGUGAGAAGAAAACACUUCCUGGGACAGGUCUGGCUAAGCUCUAAUAGCAGUAAUAGUGAAGCUGCAGAUCAGUGGAGAGAUACAAUCACAAACCCCGAAAAGGUAGUCAUUAAAUGGCAUAACAUAAAUCCAUCCUGAAGAUGUCAGAUGAAUUCAGUACUGAUAUGGACUUGCUACAAGAAAGUCCUGCACUCUUAAAAUGAACUAAUACAGAUAAGAAAAGGGAAAAUACUGCCUACUUGAAUAGAGUCUGGACUUGCAUCACAUAUUGUUAACUGGAAAAAGCCAAAAGGAAAAGAGAUCAGAGCUUUCACAGAGUACUACUGGCAAAAUACUGGUAUGAUAACAAAUGGGAAUUAGUAAAACUGUACGCUGAAGUAAAACACCACCUUGAGAAGUGAACAGUUGUUGCUGUAGUUUUUCCAAGAAGGAUUCUAUAAUAUAGUGUUUAUGUACAUUUAAAGCAUAUUUUAAAAGGGGGUGUGUGGAAUUGAGCUUGUGCCCUUUUUGCAUUUUAAACUUCUUUAUAGAAGGCUGGAAAGGGAGUUUGUGUGUAUUUUUGGUUUUGCUUUGGGUUUUUCCCAAAAGGAUUCCUCUGAACUUUUUUGUAACAAUAGAAACCCAGUUCUCCUCUUCCCUGGAAGUGUCUAUAGAUGACUGGAGAACUGGCAGGAUUAUAUCUUUGAUAUCAAGCAAGUGAAAUUUUUUGUAAGUAAUUCCUGAUUAAACAGUAGAAAAGAUGCAACAUCACAACACUUCCAUUAAGGGUUGAGAAUGUUCCCAUCCUCCUGAGACUUUCACAAAAUCAGGGAAAUGAAGAUCUGAUAUUCCAAAGACCACACAAAACGGCAGAAUUUAAAAAAUGAACAAACCCCUUUUAGGCCACAUUUUUCUACUUUUUAAGUAAAAGAGACAACAAACAUUUUUUUUUCCUUGCAGAGUCUGUAACAAUGUUGGUAUCCAGUCUCUGAAAGCAGAAACUUGAUGCUGAUUUUUCCCCAUUGCUCUCAUUAAGAUCAAGGGGUAACAUGAGUGUUGACUCCAUUUGAACAGUCAGUAGUCAGAGCUCAAAGACUACUCUACCCUGUGUCAGCUGGCAGCAGCCACAAAGGGCCAUUACAACAACCAGGGAUAGCGGUGGGGCAUGGACCCUCUUUUCUCCCAGUUGCCGCUGCUAUUCUUACACAGGGAGUGGAAUAGUGCUGUAAGAAUUACUAUGGCUACUCUGUACCACCCAAAGAUCUCUCUAUGCAGGUGAGGUACUUCAGGGGCUGGACCUGUUUGCUUUAGGGCUGCUUUGUGCUGGUGAAAUGGUGAAAAGUGGCCAGAGCAAGGCCUGGGAUUGGGGCCAGUAUUUGUGGAUAAAUUUCUCCAUUUGUAUUUUUUUAAAACCUAAACCACUUCCUAUCUAAUCAUUGAUGUUUUAGUGUUUACUUAAAUUUUAUGAAAGCCAGACUACCCUGUACGGUGGAAAGAGCAAAUAUUUACUGAUCUAGAAGUGCUUAUAAAAUGUUCAUUAGAACACAGCACACCGUAGGACUCAAGUUUUAUUUAAAAGGUAGGCCGAAAGUGAGGGUAAAUUUUAAUACAGCUAUAAGAAUCUGAAGAAUAACCAUUUGAGGUACAUCUUUGGUACAAAUGGCAUCAAUAUAUUUUAUUUUAUUUUUUUUUAUGGUGCCACCUUGGCACACCAUAGUUAAAUCUAGCUUCUUUUCAUUCCAUAUAUUCACAUAGCUGUUUAUUAAGAAGAAUAAUAAUUUUCACUCUGGGCUUUAAUUUGAUAAAUAAGCUGCAUGUAUACUAUACAGACAUCUAAAACCCACAAACCUUUUUGCACUCCUGUAACUAUUGGAAUGUUAAAAAAUAAACCUGUAAAUAAGUAUUUGCAUGAUCACUCAUCCCUUACCAAUUCCGUAUUCGCUACCUAUACAGAGUGCACAGACACUGUCUGCGUAAUCUAAAAAGAUAACCAAUAAGGUAAACUCAUUUUGUCUAACUUCAAAUCCACUCACACAUGAUGGGUUUGCAUAUUUGGAUUUGAAUGAGAAUGUUUUUGGAAUAUGCUCUUCUUAGAGGAGAGAGAGGCUGUGGGAAGGAACAGCUGAGGGCCAGAAAAAAUAAUUUAAUGGAAGAACACACACCUUGUAGAUACAGUCCUGUAAUAUUUGUUUACAGUUUGAUGCAGGGGAGGAUUUUCAUGAAAUGUCUUUCCAUUUUUUUGACUAGCUAUAUUGUUGGCUGAAACUUUUUUCAAAUUUCAGCAAAUUUUCAAUGACAUUUGAACAAAAAACAAAUGUGGGGGGAAUGCAAAGAUUUGUGUGUGUGUGUGUAUUUCCACUUUUUUUCACCAGCUCCAGAAAACAACUAAAACCAGAUUUUAAUAUUUUAGCCCUGGAUCCUCACAGUUAGAGGCAAAGGUUGAAUCCUGCUCCUACUGAUGUCAGUUGCAAAAUUCCCAUGGGGCCAAACUCAUCCUAGGUUAUAGUACUGAUUUUAUGUCUGAUCAAUUUGACCUGCUGACUUCAGUGAGAACAGAAUCUGGCCUUCGCUGCUCUUUCUGUAAUCUCUCUAUUUUAAUAUGUCCGAUGUAUCUCCUUUCAUGAUUACAAAAGUAUUGUAAGCAGCAGUGCUGAGUAUCUGUUACGUCACGCAGUCCUGGUCAGCACUACUACUGGGGGAGGGAAGGAGAAAGGCAAGGAAUGUUCCAACAUUUUGGAAGCCACAAUUUAAACACUCCUCUUUAGAGAAGACUUUGUAAUAAAAUUACUUAUUGUUUUCAGACACUGAGCCUUGUUUAAAACAUAACUGGUCAUGUUCCCUUCUUGCUAUGUUCACAUUUUAGUAUAUACCUUUACGUUAACAUUUAUUAUAUAUACAUAUACAUAGGUAAUAAACAGAAGUGUGUUUACAUCUGAA